AUGAAGCUGGAGAAGAACCAAGGAACAUGUGACAGUAGAGGUGUUGGUGGACAUGGAGUCCUCGUCAACACGAGCAUGGCAAAGAAGAUUGACUCUCAACUUACGACCCGAAUCGGACUUCUGUGGAUGAGAAGAUGUUGUUCAACACCAGCUUUGACUAUCUUCGUCGCUUACGCUCUAACAUCAAGCUACGAAGAGGAAGAAGAAGUCGAAGCUUUCCAUAUGGACCUGGAGAAGUUCUACCGAGAAGAUCAUGCCUUCUACAAGAUCAUAAUUAGCGAUUUCAACGCCAAAUUUGGCCGAAGAAGAACGCCUGAGGAACUUCACAUUGGGACCCACGGCCUACAAUGGAACGAACAGGAGGAGAGGCUCUCCGAGUUCAUCAUGAUGUCUAAGACCAUCCAUGGGAACUCGCAAUUCCAGAAGCCCUCCUCUCUACGCUGGACGUGGGAGUCACCCAGUGGAGGGUACCAAAAUGAAAUAGACCACAUCAUCGUCAAUAAAAGGUUCUGCCUGACGGAUGUCGCUGUUCUGCCAAAGUUCUUUACGGGAUCGGACCGAGGAAGAUUUUCCUUCACAAGAAGAGAAGAGAAAGCCGCCAACUUCAGAGAGAGAAAUCUCAGAACUAUUAGAGCAAAGUCACCAUCCACUUCAAAAACUGCUUCCCAUUUGCUUGCACUUGCGAAGAAGUCACGAUUCUUGGAGGCAAUCCACGCUUUGACAUCAGCCACCAAGUCAUCCAAGUCGUCGUAG